GUUUAGUCGAGUUGAAGUUUCAGCAUUUGCAGGGGACACAAGAGGCGUCCAGCGGCAGCUGGUGGCAGAGCCAUGGCGGGCGAGGAAGAGCGCGGGGAUGGGGACCCAGUAUCCGUGGUAACUGUGAGAGUGCAGUACCUGGAAGACACCGACCCUUUCGCUUGUGCCAACUUCCCGGAACCACGCCGGGCCCCCACCUGCAGCCUGGACGGGGCUCUGCCCCUGAGUGCGCAGAUCCCUGCUCUGCACCGACUCCUGGGGGCGCCUCUUAAGCUGGAGGACUGUGCACUGCAAGCGUCUCCCUCCGGAUACUACCUGGACCCAGAGCUGUCCCUAGAAGAACAGCGGGAGAUGCUGGAGGGUUUCUAUGAAGAGAUCAGCAAAGGGCGGAAGCCCACGUUGAUUCUGCGGACCCAGCUCUCCGUGAGGGUCAAUGCUAUCUUGGAGAAGCUGUACGGCUCCAGUGGCCCUGAGCUCCGCCGAUCUCUCUUCUCAUUAAAGCAGAUAUUCCAGGAAGACAAGGACCUGGUGCCCGAAUUCGUGCACUCAGAGGGUCUGAGUUGCCUGAUCCGGGUGGGUGCUGCUGCAGACCACAACUACCAGAGCUACAUCCUUCGAGCCCUGGGCCAGCUGAUGCUGUUUGUGGACGGGAUGCUGGGGGUGGUGGCCCACAGCGAGACCGUGCAGUGGCUGUAUACCCUGUGUGCUAGCCUGUCCCGCUUGGUGGUAAAGACAGCCCUGAAGCUGCUGCUGGUGUUCGUGGAGUAUUCCGAGAACAAUGCGCCGCUGUUCAUCCAGGCAGUCAACGCUGUAGCCAACGCCACCGGUACUCUUCCCUGGGCCAACUUGGUGUCCAUCCUGGAGGAGAAGAAUGGAGCUGAUGCAGAGCUGUUGGUGUACACUGUCACUCUCAUUAACAAGACGCUGGCAGCACUCCCGGACCAGGACUCCUUCUAUGAUGUGACAGAUGCUCUGGAGCAGCAGGGCAUGGAAGCGCUGGUCCAGCGUUUCUUGGGCACCGCUGGCACUGAUGUUGACCUGCGAACCCAGCUAACGCUCUAUGAGAGCGCCCUUCGCUUAGAGGAUGGAGAUAUGGAAGAGGCUGCAGCCGCAGCUGCUGCAGGUGGCCGACGAGAGCGGCGGAAGCCAUCCUCGGAGGAGGGCAAAAGGAGCCGAAGAUCACUAGAAGGUGGAGGCUGCCCUGUGCGUACCCCAGAAUCUGGCUCUACAGGCUCCGCCUCACCGGUAGGCUCCACCCCCUCCACUGGCUCCGCCACGCCUACAAGUCCAGCCUUCUGCCCUGCCAGCCCAGCCUCUGGUCUUCGAACCUCAGUGAACCUCUUUCCUACCAUUUCCGUGGGGCCCUCAGUGGACAGUUCCUGUGAGAGAAGCGUCUACAAAGCCCGGUUCCUGGAGAAUGUGGCAGCAGCAGAGACGGAGAAGCAGGCUGCUCUGGCCCAAGGCCGAGCGGAGACACUGGCUGGAGCCACGGUGGAUGACACUGAUGGCUCAUCAGGCACCAGGGAACUGUGGGACUCCCCAGAGCCAGCCUCUGUACCCAGGACACCCCAGAGCCCUGUUCCCCGAAUCCUGCUGCGUACCCAGCGGAGUCAUGAGCCAGAGCCCAAGAAGCCAGUGUCACCACCGAGCCCUAAGGCUGAGCCUAUCCAGGAGCCUCCCACCCGUGUCCCCAAGCUCUGCAUUGGGGAUUUGGACUUCUCAGAUCUAGGGGAGGAUGAAGACCAGGACACACUGAAUGUGGACUCUGUAGAGGCCGGAAAAGCAUCUCCCUUCCUGUCACCUCUAUCACCUGCCACAAGCUCUUGCCCCCCACCUCCGCCCCCACCUCCUCCACCCAUCAUAGACUCCUGCCCACCACCUCCACCCCUGGCUGUUCCUUUUAACCACUCAGCACUUGACGGCCCAAGGCACCCCACCAAAAGGAAGACAGUAAAACUUUUCUGGCGGGAACUAAAGCUGCCUGGGGGCCCUGGGGGCUCUAGAAGCCGCUUUGGGCCUUGUCCUACCCUGUGGGCCUCUCUGGAACCCGUCUCGGUGGACACUGCCCGCCUGGAACACCUGUUUGAGUCCAGAGCCAAGGAUGUGCUGCCCACCAAGAAGGCUGGUGAAGGCCGCCGGACGAUGACCGUAGUGCUGGACCCCAAGCGCAGCAAUGCCAUCAACAUUGGCCUGACCACUCUGCCACCUGUGCAUGUCAUCAAGGCUGCCCUGCUCAACUUCGAUGAGUUUGCUGUCAGCAAGGAUGGCAUUGAGAAACUGCUGACCAUGAUGCCCACGGAGGAAGAACGGCAGAAGAUCGAGGAAGCCCAGCUGGCCAACCCCGAUGUACCCCUCGGCCCAGCUGAGAAUUUUCUGAUGACUCUUGCUUCCAUUGGAGGCCUGGCUGCACGCCUACAACUCUGGGCUUUCAAGCUGGACUAUGAAAGCAUGGAGCGGGAAAUUGCAGAGCCACUGUUUGAUCUGAAAGUGGGCAUGGAACAGCUGGUGCACAAUGCCACCUUCCGCUGCAUCCUGGCUACCCUUUUGGCUGUGGGCAACUUCCUCAAUGGUUCCCAGAGCAGUGGCUUUGAGCUGAGCUACCUGGAGAAGGUGUCGGAAGUGAAGGACACCGUGCGCCGGCAGUCACUGCUCUAUCAUCUCUGCUCCCUGGUGCUCCAGACCCGACCCGAUUCCUCUGAUCUCUACUCAGAAAUUCCUGCCCUCACCCGCUGUGCCAAGGUGGACUUUGAGCAGCUGACUGAGAACCUAGGGCAGCUGGAGUGCCGGAGCCGGUCUGCCGAGGACAGCCUCCGGAGCUUGGCAAAGCACGAGCUCUCCCCAGCUCUGCGUGCUCGCCUCACCCACUUCCUGGCCCAGUGUACCCGCCGGGUAGCCAUGUUAAGAGUAGUGCAUCGUCGAGUGUGCAACAGGUUCCAUGCCUUCCUGCUCUACCUGGGCUACACCCCACAGGCAGCGAGGGACGUACGCAUCAUGCAGUUCUGCCACACGCUGAGAGAGUUUGCCCUUGAGUAUCGGACUUGUCGGGAACGGGUACUGCAGCAGCAGCAGAAGAGGGCUACAUACCGUGAGCGCAACAAGACCCGUGGUCGCAUGAUUACUGAGACAGAGAAGUUCUCGGGUGUGGCUGGGGAGGCCCCCAAUAACCUGUCUGUCCCAGUGGCUGUGGGCAGCGGACCAGGUCGGGGUGAUGCUGACAAUCAUGCCAGCAUGAAGAGCCUGCUUACCAGCAGGCCAGAAGACGCCACACACAGCCGACGCAGCAGAGGUAUGGUCCAGAGCAGUUCCCCUGUCUCACACACAGCAGUGGGGCCCUCCGCUGCAUCCCCCGAGGAGACUGCAGCCUCCGGCUUACCUACUGACACGUCAGAUGAGAUAAUGGACCUGCUGGUGCAGUCAGUUACCAAGAGCAGUCCUAGAGCCUUAGCUGCUCGGGAGAGGAAGCGCUCUCGUGGCAACCGAAAGUCCUUGAGACGGACAUUGAAGAGUGGACUUGGAGACGACCUGGUGCAGGCACUGGGACUAAGCAAAGCUCCUGGCCUAGAGGUGUGAGGUGCUACCACACCUGGACACAGCGAUAGCAUGAGAGGCGGAGCGCGGAGAAGGCCCGAAGCAGAAACCUGGUUUUGGAAGCUUAUACCCAGAAACCAGUAUUGUGAACAGUAUUAGGUGUGUGUGUAUGUGUGUGUGUCUGUGUGUGUACACAUACAUGUACAUGUAUUUUGCAUGUGUGAGUUCCUUAUUUGGAACAAA